AUGGAAAACACCACUCCUCUCUUUGAGGCCCAAAAGUUCGUGCUUGAUAAGAUGACCGCAUCUUCAGGUCUAAAGUUUGCGGGGUUCCUUGUCUCAGAAGGCCCUGAGGUGCUCAAUGCACGAGUUGGAGACUUCAUGCAGUAUGAAGAAAACCGUCUAGGGAAGGUCCAAGACCAAGUAGCGUCGGCUAUGCCUACACGCUAUGUGUCUGUACCAGACCAAGAGGCCAGACCUCGUCCACUUAGAGUGGAAUUUAAGAACAACUUCGGUAAGGAGGGUGAAUACCUCAUUCUCUGGAUCAGUGAGAUUAAGAUGGCCAUGGGAUCGGGUCUGAUCAAGCUUGACCUUCAACAGGUCUAG